UUACAAGACAUACUAUAUCCUAAUUUCUGAAAUGUUCCCAAUAUACAUGAAAUUUCACACCCCACAUAGAGAACUUUAUGUUAAAAUUCUUUCCUUUUUUUUCACAUAGAACGAAGAAGCUCUUAUUCUAUCAAGGGUUUCCUCAAUCCUUAACAACGAGAUAGAAUUAACCAGUAAAAUUUCAGUGAUUUGUUUAAGUUAGGAUUUUAUUGAAAAUACUAGAACCAAGCAAGCAAAUUUUUCUUUUAGACCUAAUUGGCAAAGGAUUUUCAUAAAUGGCGGAUUCUCCUUCUUCUUCAAAAGAAGAAUCAGUUCAGUUGAUUAAGAAAUUUGGAGCUUAUCUUACACUCAAGAUGUCUAAUCUCUUCUCGAUCUCCAUUGAUAAUCUGAGUUCUCGGUCACUUGGGACUGUUGCUGGGGUUGCAAUUGCUCUAGUAUUGACCUGGAGAUUAUUAAGAACACCCGCCGUUCCCCAAAGGAGACAGCCGAAACGGCAAGGUCCAUCGACUAGUAGUUCUGGUGUUAAUACUCAUUCUAGCACAGCAGUUAUUUCGUCUGCUGAUGAUUCAAGAGCGCAGUAUGUCAUUGAUGAGUUUUUCCAACCAGUUAAGCCAACUUUAGCUCAAAUUGUGAGGCAGAAACUGAGUGAUGGGAGAAAGGUGACAUGCCGGUUGGUUGGUGUAGUUCUCGAAGAAACCACCCCCGAGGAGCUUCAGAAACAUGCUACAGUGAGGUCAUCAGUCCUGGAAGUGCUUUUGGAAAUUACAAAGUUUUGUGAUCUUUAUCUGAUGGAAAGAAUUGUUGAUGACGAAAGUGGGGAAAGGGUACUUUUGGCUUUAGAAGAGGCUGGGAUUUUUACAUCUGCUGGCUUGGUAAAAGAUAAGGUUCUCUUUUGCAGCACAGAGAUUGGGCGUACAUCUUUCGUCCGGCAACUAGAACCAGAUUGGCAUAUCGACUCAAAUCCUGAGAUCAUAACACAAUUAUCUAGAUUCAUCAAACAUCAGCUUCACAUUUCUUCAAGCAGAUCCGAGUGUACUGCUUCUAAUGUGUACAGCUCUCGAAACUUGGAACAGUUCUUUGGAUUCCAAGACAGAAGUUGAAUUGAUAUAUCAAGAAGCUCAUACCUUAAGUUCUGCAUGUUCUGAGUGGGUUUUAUCCCCGUUUGAUCCACUUGUCAUUGCGAUAAAAAUGAAUGAAAACAUUCUUUAUGCAUACUGGUGUACUCAAACCUGUUGUUUAGCUCGUUGUUCAGAUGAAAGACCCACUGAGAUACUGUCCUCUAUUUGUAAGGGAAGAUGCCAUCUCUAUAUAUGCAACAGUUAAAUGAAUUAGGUCGACUCUUAAUUUUCCUCCAUUGUUAGUUUUGAGAGUGUUGUAGUUUGACUGGCUUAAUGUCAGCACUCCUUGAUUACCCACUAAGAUUUACUCAGAUGAUCAUUAACUGCAGUUCUAUUGCAAAGGUGUAAAUGGA